AUGUCGGAGGAUGACAUGCUGCCCCGCUCGCUGCCGUCCGCCUUGACAUUCGAUCUGAUAGCAAAAUGUCCAACCACAAAAGCGAGGGCAGCAACACUGCAUCUUCCUCAUGGACCAGUCCAACUUCCACUCUUCAUGCCAGUCGCUACCCAAGCCUCACUGAAGGGACUGACGCCGAAGCAAUUGGAAGAGACCAGUUGUAGGCUUUGCUUGAAUAAUACCUAUCACCUUGGAUUGAAACCUGGCCAGAAAACACUAGAAAUCAUCGGCGGUGCACACAAGCUGCAAUCAUGGAAUCACAAUAUCUUGACAGAUAGCGGAGGCUUCCAAAUGGUCUCCCUCCUCAAACUCGCAAAAGUCACAGAAGAAGGUGUUCGAUUCCUCAGUCCACACGAUGGCUCACCCAUGCUUCUCACCCCGGAACAUUCCAUAUCCCUGCAAAACUCCAUUGGUUCAGAUAUCAUGAUGCAACUAGACGACGUGAUAGCCACGACAUCUCCAGAUCUAUCUCGGAUCCGCGAGGCCAUGUAUCGCUCCAUUCGCUGGCUAGAUCGCUGCAUCGCAGCCCACAAAAACCCCACGACGCAGAACCUCUUCUGUAUCAUUCAAGGUGGACUGGACUUGGAUCUUCGGCGGGAAUGCUGUGAAGCCAUGGUCGCGCGGGAUACGCCUGGUAUUGCGAUUGGUGGGUUGAGUGGAGGAGAGGCCAAAUCUGAGUUCUGCAAGGUGGUUGAGACAUGCACGGGAAUGUUUCCUGAGAAGAAGCCGCGAUAUGUGAUGGGCGUUGGCUACCCAGAAGAUAUCCUCGUUUCGGUAGCCCUCGGCGCUGAUAUGUUUGACUGUGUGUGGCCGACUCGCACAGCACGCUUCGGGAACGCGGUCACGGACAAAGGCGUCUUGAAUCUUCGACUUGUGAAAUACGCCUACGACUUCGGCCCAGUUGAAGAUGGUUGCAGCUGUAUGAUAUGUAGACCGGAGAGUGAAGGCGGCUUGGGCAUCACCAAGGCGUACAUUUACCACACGGCCGCAAAGGAGACGGUGGGAGCUCAUUUAUUGAGCAUACACAACGUCCACUAUCUGCUGGAUUUGAUGAGACGAGCAAGGGAAGCAAUAUGUGCGGGAACCUAUCCGGAAUUCCUGAAAGCAUAUUUCAGAAAGCUGUACGAUGGAGAAAAGGAGAAAUUUCCGGUUUGGGCUGUGGAUGCGUUGAGAGGUGUUGGAGUCGACUUGAUGGAGGAUCCGCGAGAAAGCUGA